AUGGCCAGACCACUGCACAAUCUUGUCAAGAAGGAUACAGUCUGGAAAUGGGAGACCAAGGAACAGGAAGCCUUCCAGGGGCUUAAGGACGCCAUCACAAACGCACCAGUCCUUUGCCACGCCAAUCCAUCCAAACCCUACUUCCUGGAAACAGAUGCCUCCGGUGCAGCCCUGGGUUCCAUACUGAGUCAACGUCAGGAAGAUGGCCGUCUUCAUCCACUAGGCUUUCUCAUCAUCCGCUCCUUUGAAUAUUGGCGCAUCUUCUUGGAAGGAACCCUCCACCCUAUCACCGUGUUUACCGAUCACCGUAACCUAGAGUACUGGAAGGAAUCCCGCACCUUCAACCGUCGUCACGCGCGUUGGCACCUACUACUUGCCGGGUACAACUUCCAAAUUGUGUACCGGCCGGGUAAGCAAUCCGGCAAACCAGACGCCCUAUCCCGCCGCUCCGACCAUGCGGAUACUCCUCCCGCCGAUCAGACCAUGUUGCCAGACCCCGUUUUCGCCAACCUUGCCCUAGUCACACCUGAAAAGGAACUACAACGGCAAAUUGAAAUGUCCCUAGACCAGGACGAAUCCCUGGAGGAAAUUCUACAAUUCCUUCAAAAUGAGUCAAAGGCCCCGCCUUCUAUCAAACGGGCAUUCAGGGACUACAAAAUGGAAGCCAGCCUACUAUUUUACCAAGGGAGAAUUGUGGUACCAGACGUUGGAACAUUGAGAACGGACUUGCUUCGCAUAUUCCACGACAGCCCUCUAGCUGGUCACCCGGGCAGGCAACGGACUCUAGAACUGGUAUCUAGGAACUACUACUGGCCUGGCAUCCGGGCUGACACAUACUGGCAUGUUGAUUCUUGUGAAACAUGCCAACGCAUCAGAAAGCCCAAGUACGGAUCCAUCCCACCUCAGCCGUUAGAACUCCCAUCACGCCCGUGGCAACAUGUGUUGUAUGACAUGAUAGUGGACCUGCCCAGAGACGGAAAUAGUGACUCUAUCCUGGUCAUCGUGGAUAGCUUCACUAAGUACGUAAUCCUGGUAGAAUGUUCUAAGAAGCUCAAGGCCCCGGAGUUAGCAGACCUAUUCCUACGCCAUGCGCUGUACCAACGCCUGGGGAUAGACCCCCACUUCUCUUCGGCCUACCAUCCUCAAAGCGACGGGCAAACAGAACGUAAAGACUGGGUCAAGUGGCUACCAAUGGCGGAAUUCGCCUACAACAACGCAGUACACAGCUCGACAGGCAAAUCUCCCUUCAAGGCACUUUAUGGCUGGGAACCUUCCUUGACUCCAAGUAAUGUCCCAACAGAUGUCCCCGAGGCAGACAAUUUGGCAACCCAGAUGGAAGAACAAUGGCGGGAAAUAGAGGCAGCACUCCGGCAAUCAAAGACACGCAUGGUAGCCGGAGAAGCAGGAGAACCACUUGAAUUCAAAAUUGGGGAAGAAGCCUGGCUGGACGCCAAAAAUGUGAAGCUGAAGACCCUUAGUCCAAAGCUAACUGAACAACGCCUAGGCCCCUUCAAAAUAACCGAGAAAAUCUCCGACAGAGCUUACCGCUUGGAACUCCCCCCAACCAUGCGGAUCCAUAAUGUCUUCUAUGUGGGACUCUUAUCUAAGGUGAAGAGGGACAAAAAGCGCACCUUUGAAAAUCGCCCCCCUCCAGUCACCGUGGACGGGGAAGAGGAUACAAAUCAAUGGAAGGGCUACGGACCAGAGGAAAACACGUGGGAGCCCCGAGAAAACCUCAAAAAUGCAAAAAAAAUUUUGAAAGAAUACAAAAAAGAAAUGAGAAAGAAGGCCCUCGGCGCUGCCAAGGCCCUUAGAGGGGGGGCAGUGUCGUAG